CCGUGUGUCAGUGCAUGCGUGUGGAUGUGUGUGUGAACAGCAGCACGAGCAGCAGCACGAGCAGCGGCAGAAGCGCGCGGGUCUCUCUCUCUCUCUCUCUCUCUCUCGCACACGCACACACACACACACUCUGACACACACUCACACUCACUCUGUCCGUGGCUCGGGAGCGCACCGCGUUGUGCGCGCGCCGCCGUUUCGCCACACGGGAAGGUUUGCGGUUCCGCGCGCGGCAGCACGAGCAGAAGACUUUUUUUGUUUGUUUUUGUUUUGGUUUGUUUUGCAGGACAUUGGCGCGCGCUCCGCUGUCCGCUCUUCAACUCCUCAUGGAUUCGAUGCUGCUCUUCUUCUUCUCCUUCUUCUUCUCCUCCACGGUGUCCGCGAUCAGCCACUUCACCACGGAAUGCUACACGGUGAACGGCGAGGACUACCGAGGUCGGCAGAACCAGACGAGUCUACACGGAGGGAAGCCAUGUCUUUUUUGGAACGAAACCUUUCAGCAUCCGUACAACACGCAGAAAUACCCGAACGGAGAAGGAGGACUGGGAGCUCACAACUUCUGCAGGAACCCAGACGGUGAUGUUCAGCCAUGGUGCUACAUUGCAGACCAAGAAGACGGGACGUACUGGAAGUUCUGCGAGAUUCCGAGCUGUCAGAUGCCUGGGAUUCUCGGUUGUUUUAAGGAUAACGGUGAUCCUCCUCCUCUCUCUAAGAGCUACCAGACGUCUCAGAAGCUCACCGUGCAGAGCUGCAUCAGCCUUUGUCGGAACCAGAGAUACAAGCUUGCUGGAAUGGAGGCGGGCUAUGCCUGUUUCUGCGGCAACGAGCUUGACUACCAUCUCCAUGGUGACGCCCCCAGUUUGGAGUGUAGUCACGGGUGCUUCGGGGACCAGCAGCAGCCAUGCGGAGGAGACGGACACGUCAUCGUCUUUGACACCAAAGUGGGAGCAUGUGGUGGAAACUACACAGCUGAAUCAGCUGUAAUCUACUCACCCGACUUUCCAGAUAAAUACGCACCCGGCCGUGUCUGCUACUGGACUGUCCAGGUCCCGGGUGCAUCAGUCAUCCUCUUUAACUUCACUUUCUUCAACAUCAUGGACCAGGCGGAUAUGGUCGAGCUGCUGGACGGUUACACCAAUCAGGUGGUGGCGAGGUUCGAUGGGCGUAACCCACCGCGGGAAAUUGUUAACAUCAGCACAGACUUUGUUAUCCUGUAUUUCUACUCAGACAGGACGAACGAGGCCCAGGGGUUCUCCAUGAUCUAUGAAGCUUACAGAGGGCCGAGCGGCAGAUCUGCUGAAGAUGGCGUUAUCAGUGAUGACGAUGAUGGCGAAGAGGCCACCAGUACGAUAGAUCCACAUUCCGGCAGCAUCACUGAGAGAACAAACACCAGCAAGAGCGACAAAUCAUCUCAGAUCCUCUAUCUGAUCACGUCCAGUCCCAAAAAGUCGGAAAACGAAAUGCCAGGUCAGUGGCUCGGCCGGGGCCGGACCGCUGCACACAGCACCAUGUGGACCAUCUAUGCGCUGGCUGCCUUGCUAACGCUAACCGUGAUAGCCAUGGUGGCAAAACUAGUUCUUCACGUUACAGUAAAAUCUCCCACCAUUCCCUCAGUGAGCAGUUCAGACUCGUGCUCUCAGAGCACCACCUCAGAACCGUGGAUUAUCUUCUACAGACCCUCCACCAUCUCGCUCUUUAAAAAGAAGCUCAAAAACCAUCACGGAGACCUCAGCCCUCUGGUGGGCAACUAACCACCACACAUACAUACACACACACACACACACACACACACACACACACACACACACACACACACACACUAUCUCUACUGGACAGCAGGUAGCAAAUACAGUGGAGCACCUGAUGAGGAACUGGACAUCAACAGACAGCCAAUCAGAUGGUGCCAUGUUAGGGGGCGUGGCUUCCACAGGACCAUGACAAAGCCUCACUCACAUGUCAAUACGGCCUGAGGAGUUCUGGAUUUCUUCCAGCAGGUUUUCAGGUGCACAGAUUCUGGCAGUCGCUGACAGACGAGGAGUUCAGAUAAGAAUCUCUUGUUAAAGAAAAAAGACAGAAUGUACUGUAACAUGGAGCGGCUCGCGUAACUGUCUUAACGCCAAUGCAGACAAUCAGCCUUUUCUACCACACCAAAACGAGAUUCCGUUUCAGUCCAUUUUCGCCUCACGCUUUAUGUAGGUCACCUCUUGUUUGGAACAGGAUUACACUUUCUCCAGCGGAGGACGAACAGGAUCGUGAUCCGGCAAAUAAUACAGCAGCAAACAAAAGAGUGUGUGUGUGUGUGUGUGUGUGUGUGUGUGUGUGUGUGUGUGUGUGUGUAAAUCUGCCAUCACUACAGCUCGGGCCGUGCUCCAAACAAACUGGCAUUCCACGUUCCUUCUGGACCUCUGUAAACAGCUUUUCAGUAUUUUUUUUUCUUCAUUUGUUGUGGGUUUUUCAUCUUUGUGUUUUUUUUUGUGUGUCUGGUGUCUGUAAGUGCCUUAAGGGUUGGAAAACUAUUUGUGUGUACAAUUUUUUUUCUUUACUUCCCACAGAGCUGUCUUUAAAGGCACAGAGAUGAAAGAUACACAAGUUUCCCAUUACCAUGAAUGCAGUCGAUCAGCCAAGACAUGUUUGUUGCCUGAAGUUUGCUUCUUUAGUUUUUGCACUGGAGCUACGAGGUUAAUGCUAGUUUAGCAUCAGCGUCUCAAGCACGUGUUUAUGUGGUUUUUGACACUUUAUGACAAAUGGUUAUCUGUAAAAAAUGGAUGUGUCAAAAGAACAUCACGAUGCUGAAAACAGUCUACAGAAGUUUACAUUACUCUGUAUGGAACUAAAGAUCCUAUAGACGUUUGGUUAGCGGUUGAUGCUGAGUGACAUUGCACUGUAAAUUUAGACUUUUCCUAGAAAUUUAUCAACACAUCUGAGGCAAAAGUUGUUAUUCCCAACAUUUUUGUCUCAUUUUCACUGCCAUUACACUUUUACGUUACCUCUAUAAAAGACUAUGACUAUAUGCCAGAUAGAUAAAUGAUUAGCCUCAGUCGCUAGCUAGCUUCUACGCUUGUUGUGCAUAUUUCCAAGUUGCCUAGCAACAGUGUUCUCACAACAUGAACAUAUAGAACAUAUCAUGUGUUUUACUGAUUUUAUUAAUGUACAAAUUAUAUCACUUGGCCAGAGAUUAACUUGCACAACCGGUAUGCUAAACUGGUAGUUUUGAGCGUAGUUGUUAUGAAAUGUUGAAAUGUUCUGACAGCUCUGAGUUCACGACUUGUGACACAUGGUAUUGAACUUCCGAACUCACGAAUGUUUGGUUAGCGGUUGUUGCUAAGCGACAUUACACUGUCAUUUUUGUUAUACAUAGUCUUUUCUUAGUAAUUUAUCAACAUAUCUGAGGUCAAUGGUGAUAUUCAGUGAGAUAAAUGAGACAUUUGUGUCUCAUUUUCAUUGUCAUUACACCUUUAAAAUGACUUAUAGGCUUGUAUGGCUUAUAUGGUGUGCAUUUCCCAGUUGCCUAGCAACAGUGUCCCAUAAAUAUAACCACUUAAACAGUGAACAUAUCACAUGCUUGUCUUACCGUGACAUUUCUGACAGCUACAAGUUGUGACACGAUGUUUACAGUUCUCGGUGUGGACCUUCAGAAUUAGCGGUUGAUGCUAAUUAGUGUAAUUUUAGUAAUAUUGAGACUUUUCUUGGGAAUUUACCAAAAUAUCUGAGGUAAAUGUUGACAUUCCAGACAUUUUUGUCUCAUUUCCAGAAAAGACUGCUUAGCUAUAUGCUAGCUGUAUAAAUGAUUAGCCUGUCAUUAACUAGCUUCAGUGUUCGGUGUUUGGCGAAAGUCUUGUAGCUGCAGUGCAAAACUAAAGAACUUAAGACAGCACACACAUCUUGGCUAAUCGACUACAUUUGGGAUAAACAGGGACAUUGUAUAAAUUUCAUUUUUGACCAAGUGUUUUCAGCUUUGUCACUUCACUGAGUCGCCGCUAAGAGCUUGUGUGUAGGAGCGAUGAAAAGCGGCGCAUUCUUCCAAAACAAUUCUCUCUUUCUCCUCCUCCUCCUCCUCCUUCUCUUCUGCAGGCUCUCUGACGUUACAGCGCUUCUCACAUUCUUCAGAUUUAUUAGAAUCAGUGCUGUUGUUCUUGUGUUAACUACAGUGCUGCCACCCGGAGUGUCGGGGUCACGACACAAAAUUCUGUCUAGUCAUGAUAAAUAUUCUGAAAAUGAGCAACAGGGUGAAAGAACGACAGCAAAGCAGUCAUGACUGCAUUCAAAACCGCAUACUACUGUACUAAAUAAUGUCACAAAAUGUGGUUUCUGCCAUUGUGAGUUGAGGGUACUGACAUUUUGUAAGCAGUGUUGUUGUGCUGAACGCUAUUUCAAUUAUUUAUUUUCCUGUAAACCGAAUAGUUUGGAUAGCUUAAAUCCAACAGUGCGCAAAGAUAGUAAUAUUUAUAGCACGAAUUCUAUAAUGUGUUUUAACUCCACCAACAAUAAAUAGUAAACUUUAUAACAAUUUCUAUACAUUCCGAGCUCGAAAUUAUAACAAAAACUGCUUCGUUUUUCUUCAGAUUAAGCUACAGAUACAAGUGAACACUACAGAAAUUUAAGUUAUGUUACCGCAUGUACUUUACGUAACCUGGUCAUUCUGAUACAUCAGGACUCUUUGAUAGAAAACAUUAUGAAAUUUGAGUUGGGUUUUUUUUACAUGCUAAUAAUAUUAACACUGACCAACCUGAUAUUGUGUAAAUUUGCCUGAAGUAGAACGAGUGUGGUUUGAUUUCAUACAAAUUAAGUCCCAAGAUAAGGUACAAACACUAACUCCGCCCCUAAACCUAGCAUAAGUUGUGUGAAUUGUUACAAAUUGGCAUAUUAUUUUUGUUUUAUUGUGAUUCAUUAUUUUUAAGAGCUGUUAUCACUGCAGCUGCCCAUUUUGGGCGUCUCUGCUAGCAACCUAGCUAAGCCACAAUGUAGCGUUCCCAUUUAUGGGACUUGGCUACGUCCAAACAUAGCCAACAUGAACAUGAACAUUUCAUGAUCAUGAUCAUGAAAAUAUUCCAGAAAGCUAUCAAUAGUUCAAUGCACUUAAAUGUACUUGAAUAUAGUACUUUAUAUAGUACUGAGGCUGAAGUUGGACUACAGUGCAUACUUAAAACUAAACACCUGAGCAUAAAGCCCUUAUAUAAAUCGCAAAUCGCACUUCAGUUAGCAGCCACACACAGGCUGCAGGUUACAUUUCCAUCUUUAAUACCCUAACCAUAACCCUAACCAUACGCUACAGCGUUAAAGAAGAAAAUAUGUAAAUCAGAGCAAUAAAUGUACAAAAUAAUAAAUCUGUGUAGGAUAUCACACUAUUUUAAAACAGUAGACACUUAAACAUGGGACACUGAAAUAUAAAAGUGAAAGGAAAGUCAUAACACUUUUGUUAAAAAAUAAAUAAAUAAAUAAGACUUUUCCCAGCAUCGUCUUACAGAGCAGUGGUUGACUAUAGAAUUAGCUUCAUUGGCAUGGAAUUUUCCUGACUAAAAAAGUAGGACUAGCACGAUGUUUCUCCUGAUUCAUAUUUCACAACACUGUCCUUGUGUCUCCCUAUUCCCUACUGUAGUGCAUUAUGGGUAAUGUGUACCAUUGUUUGGACAGUUUUUGCCAUGCAUUGUGGAUAUUCCCACCAUAUUCCCAGUAUAAUUUCAGAUACAUUUAUACAUAAAACAAGGUGUGUGGAAAAUUUCAGACUUUUCCAUAUCAGUAGUUGUGUAAUGAGGUGGAUGAUACAGUAAAAUCACUUUUUUUUUCAAUACAAAUUGUAUUGUAAAGGCAUUUUCAUGAUGUUGUCAUAUUGAUGUAAUCCCUUCCUUUACUUAGUUGUGCUCAGAAUCUGAAAAGUUCAGAUUUCACCAGAAACACAGGAAAUAAUCAUGACGCUUUAAUUGUAUACUCAAUGGACGAAUUUAUGUUAAAGGAACAAGUCAGUGACAAAAAUUUAAAUGUACACAGUUGUACAUUUACACCACAUGUAAUCUGUUUUGCAACAUUUAAUGGUUAGACAUGUUUAUUGUCUGAAGUUUGCUUCUCAAAUUCAGCCAACAUUUUCGACAGAAGAGAGACACUGUGCAUUUGUUUUCUUUUUUGGUUGAACUGUUCCAUAAUGCAGCACUUUGUGCACUGAAAAUUCUCAAUACACUUACGACUAUACCUCUCUGAAAAUGCCUGAUCCCGUCUGAUCUCGGAUGUGGAUGUGUUCGGUUCGGUGUGUGAAUGUUCUGUUUACUUCUAGCAACAUUGCAUUUUUGGAUAUGCUUUAAUUUGUAAGGAAUUGUCUUCCAACUGAAACUGUACUGUAAUUUAUUUUUCAUUUUUCUAAGAGAACUAGGUGUGUGCUGAUAGUACAUUUUCAUAUCACUACAGCUGGCUAAAGAACUGGCUAAAAUCUACCUAGCAUUAGGUCAGUUAAGUAGCCAACAUUAGCUGUGCACUUGAAAACAAAGACUUCGUAAUGAGCAUAGUUGAUUUGUCCAAAAUUUAAGACAUUUAUCUCAGGUUAAACAAAAAUCUAAUAAUUUCUCAUCACUUAUCAGCACAUACCUAGAACACUCUACAUGGAUGAAACACUUAACAUGAUGAUGUUUAGAUUUGUGCAGCACUUAUUUUACGUGUUACUUUUUCAGUGCUCCGACUCUGUGGGAUUUUUCUUUCUGUGGGAUUACUCCUGCCAACGUUGCAUCUGUGACUAAUUGAGUACUUGUAAUUUUUGACCUCAAACUUUACAUUCUUUUCAGCUUUGUUUGCUCCAGUUUUUCUAAAGAUAAGACCCCGUCGUGUGACUGUUCCAUUUUAAUCGUCCUGGGGAAGCAGGGAGCGUGAUAGCCCAGACCAUAAUAGUGAAUAGCGAGAUGAAAAAGGGCCUUGUGUGUGUCCUCAGACUUCCAGUAAAGGACUCGCUCUUCCUGCUCAGAUCUCCCAGACGAGCAAACGCCGCAGUCCCGCCUGUCAUAAUUACCGCAUGAAUAAAUCCGAGUCAUGGAGAAACUCAUGCAUACAAAAACUCAGAGAGAGAGAGAGAGAGAGAGAGAGAGAGAGAGGGGAACACACACUAACGACGUCAACCCGAAAACCAGAAGUGACAGCUCCAAUUCAUCAAGGUCACAUUAACGCCGGACGAUAACAUCCUGCACCAUCCUGCCUCCACACAGCUUCCUCUGCUUCAUCACAACACAACACUCCCAUGCAGCAGAUCCGGAACUUUCAGGGACAUGGGGGGGAAAUGUCAUUGUCGUUCAAUUGUAAAUAGUGAGAUUUUAAUUUAUACAGUAAGUUAUUUUGGACUUUAAAAUGGGACAUAAUCUAUCUUUUGUAUAAGUGAAGUACGUUUCUAGUUUUUAUUUAAUGUGUUCUGACUGCCAAAUAAAUAUGCAUGUUUCUUAUAAGCGUCUGUCAGCUCUGGUUUGUCCUCUGUGUCCAGAAUUUAUUAAUGAAAAUGGAGAGAGAUUUAAAAUGCAAAGUACAGCGUGUCCUUCAGGAGAGAGUUUUAUUGUUCAGGCGGGAAUAUAAAGUGCAUGCAUUUGUUGGGAUUAGGUGCUUUUGUGAUAUGCUCUCUGAAAAAAAGGGUACUAGGCUGCACUGUUCCUGGUCGCUGUGGUGCUACCCUCAAGGGUGCUUCUUUGUAUCUUUAGUGUGAAUCUUGUACCUAGAAAGGUUCAUGUAAUCAACCUUCAAAGCUUUAAAAAGCUGUAAAAUUUAAUUAUGGUCCAAUUAUGUACCAAUUAUGUUAUAUUUCCAGGUGCAAAUGCAUCUGAAAGGUACAAAAGAUAAAGAUACCACCCCAGCGAUGAGGAAAGAUAGAGUUAAUACUCGUUUUUCAAAAAGUUCCAGGAAGAUGCUGAGAGUGUUUCAUCUUUCAUCAUUACGAGCACAAAUGGUGACACACCUUUAAAAAGUGGUGGAGUAAAAUUCACUCUAUUAGUUCUGUAGAAAUCCAUUGUCAUGUACAGGAUGUUUAAUGAAUCUCAGAGUACUUCACAAGUUUUUGACA